AUGGGUAGCGCGCGAGUUCAGUACGCGCUAGAGCGUACUCUGCCUCAGCUCACCUGGCUGGAGUCGACGGGUCAAUUCAGCAAGUCGGAGUUGCAGCAGGUCACCUCUUCUCGAUCCAAGCACGAGCAAUCGCUGAUUCGUCGAGGUGUGACUCGCGAAGAUUUUCAUCGAUACAUUGCAUUCGAAGAUGAUUUCGAAUCUCUGCGCUUGUUGAGAGAGGAACGUUUGAGCAGACCCAUCAGCGUCAAGGAGAGCGCCAAGGCUCGAGCAGAUGCGAUCAGGACGCUCAUCAAUAUCUACGAACGCGGUUGCAAAAGAUUAAGAGGAGAUGUGAUGUUUUGGGAAGAGUACAUCGCUUGGAGUCUGGCAAAAGGAAUGAGGAUCGUCAGCGGAAGAAUCAUUGCCAGGGCUUUGGCAAUGUUUCCCAAUGCUGUCAGACUAUGGUUAAGGUGUGCGGAUUGGCAGUUGAACGUCAAUGGCGCUCCUAAUGCUGCUAGAGCGUUGCUGCAGCGAGCAAUCAGACUCAAUGCCAGACCUCAUCUCUCCAGCAUCGGGAGUGGCAUCGAGAGGCCAAGCAAGAGGCAGAGAACCUCUUCGAAUCGAUCCACACUGUCGCAAUUGCAUCAGCAGCAGUCGCAACAAUCACUUGUCCCUCAAGCCAAUAUUUCAAAAGAGGAAGAACAAGUGCUGAGCCUUUGGAUCGAGUAUAUCCGAAUGGAACUGGUCUUUUUGGAGAGGGUACGCAGGCGCAGAAAAGUGCUCGGCAUAUCGAUGGACGAGGAAAAGGCACCUGAUGCAGCGACGACGCUGCAAGACGAGAGCGGGCACUCCGAGAUGGAACAGGCGGUGCUGAAGGAUGUACCUGCGGCAGACGAUGCUCAAGAGUCCAACAGUCAGGUGAUCGCUGCUCAGAAUGCUGCGAGCGCUGCGGCGGCGGACGCCCGGUCCGGAGGCGCUUUGAUCGUGCAAGGCGCCAUUCCAAUCUCGAUCAUGCGAGCCGCUUUGGCUCUCGAUAGUCCGACGUCUCUUCCACCAAGAACGCAUCUUCGCCUGCUCCUAUCUCUGCACCUACUCUUCAGAUCGUUCCCUUUCCUCAGCUCGAGCAGCGGUGAAUGCGGUCCGCGCACACACCUUCUAGAAGCGUUGCGCACUACAGUGGAGGACAGGUUCAAAAGGCACGAAGUCGUCGAGCUGCUGCGUGGAAGCGACACAUUGCUGGACAAAGCGUUCGUUCUGGAGCUGCAAGAGGACGAAGAGGAAGAAGCGGGAGGGUGGUCUGCAGAAGGCCAAAAGCCAGCACAGACAUUGUUGGGCCGAGCUAGCACAUUAUCCACAGGAGGCGCGAGUCCCGAGCUGCUCUUGUUGGACAGUGUAUCGAGAAGAGCAGGCCUGCAUGCUUUGCUAGGUCCGCAAGAGACAUACGGAGCAGCUCUCAUCGUCCUUCAGCUCUCUGCUUAUGCUUUCAAAGUUGCUCGAGGGGAAAAGAACUCUUCGACUGCUCGACUGCUUCAAGCACCCAUCGAAGCCUUUAGAAAGAUCUUGACGAGCGAAUCGAUCGGCCAGCUGGAUGCGUCGGGCAGGAGCAGGUUGGUCAAGUGCGUCAUUGCCUUGCAUCUCGUCCUCGGCAACAUCAAUACCAGUAGCGGCAUGACCAACACCAAGGGAAAAGGGGAAGCUGAUACUCGAGAGUCGCUGGACGCGGAGGUCAAGACGUACCUGAGAGCAGCAACAAGUCGACUGAUCAAGAGUGCGGAAAGAUUGGUGCCGAUUUCGCAAUUGCACUUGGCAAGAUUGGAGGUGCAGGUGGAUGAGAUGAUCGACGGUCGAGGCAGCCGAAACGGCGAUCUGGCAGGCUGGAAAAGAGUGCACGACGAUGCUUGCAGAGCUACGAACUCGAGCGCAAAGUGCGCAGAGCUCUCAUCGGAUGAUCUGCUCGGUAUACUUCGUAUCAGACUUUGGUCCGUUCGCGCGUCGCCCCAAGAUGCGCCAGGAAAGGGAGCGGGAAGAUUGGGAGAGGAAUGGGAAAGGGUGUUUAGGGACGGAGGAGAGAGUGUGUGGAAAGAUGCGAAGCUGGUCGAGGAGAGAUGCGAGUGGUUGGCAAGUGCGCUCGAAGGAGCUUCCAAGGUCGAAAGGGACUCGCUUCGAAAGACUUUCGAGGUGAGUUUGCAUGGACGAGUCUUGCAUGUCCAUCCGACACAUCUCUCGCGCAAGCUAGAUGCCCCCUAACCAUUCUGAACUGGCUCACUUCUUCCGCCCCCUCUCCGGCGCGCGCCCCUCUUGCUGCAACGCUGAAAAAUAGGAAGAUCUUCGAAAGGCUUCUCGUCACCCAGAGUCGUUCUUGCUCCUGGCCAAAGCUUACCUUUCGAGCGGCGUCCAACUCAAACGUAGUCUGACAGAGCAGACGAAUCAAGUGCUCAUGUAUGCACCUUCGAACUCUUUGAUUCUCUACGAACUCUUUACUAGCGCAUUGGCUCGAUUUGGUCUCGCCACGCCAUCCUCGAGCAUUCUCUCACCAUCAUCAUCAUCACCAUCAGCAGCAGCAGCAAAGACGUACGAAGCUCUGGAUCGAGCCUCGAAAGCAAGCUUGGACAAGCUUUUGCAGAGGUUGAGCAACGCUCUGAACAAACCUGCGGUGCAAAGGACCAAGACGUUCUUGUUCGUAGCUACGUACCAGCGAGAUGUCAAGAGGGAUUUGGCGGGUGCCAAUGAGACUUUGAGAAGGGCUUGCAAGGUGCUGGGAAGUAGCAGUAGGCAAUGGUUGGAGAGGCAAUGGGUCGCGAAUACCGGUGCGCACGAUGAGUGGCAGGCCGAGGCCGAGGAGAGGGGGCAGGAUGGUGGAGAGUCGAUGCUGCAUAUUCGGUCGGAUGAUGAUGCCGAAGAGGAGGAAGAGGAAUGA